UCGUUCUUUUCCACUUUCAUCGUUGAUGGAUUCUGGAGCUUCAAAGUGGUGUUCACAGAAGAAACUUGAUGUGUAUUGUCCAUUCAUUCUUCUUUUUUUCCUGCCUACUUUUUCAAGUCCUUCAUGGUGGAGAUCAGAGAUCCUGAGGGAAGGAGGCAUCCAUCAAGUUCAUCUCCGGAAAUGUUUUUCGGGAGGAUCUCUCAGGAUGAUCCAUAUCAAGACACAACCAGAGGGAAGAAUAGAAGGAAGUUCACCGUUCCUGAUGGUGGAACUGAAACAAAGAUUGAAAGUCCAAUUCAAGAGGGCCUUGUCUCCUUUGAGGAUGUGGCUGUGUAUUUCUCCGAGGAGGAAUGGUCUCAGCUGGAUCCUGACCAAAAAGCUCUGCAUUGGGAAGUCAUGCUGGAAAAUUACAGGAACGUGGCCUCUCUUGGUGAUAAUGAGCAGGACCAUAAGGAAUCAAGGGAAUCAUUCCAAGACUUCAGACGUGCAGACGUAAUGGAGAAAUCUGCAAUUCAAAUGGAAUUCCAAAGGCAGGAGAGAAACCCCUCAAAUAAUUGGAAUAAGGAAAGCUCAUCUUCCAUUGAGGCUCACCUGCCCAAUUUUCUUCAGCAACUGGAAAAAAUAGGAAAAAAAUAUAUUUGGAAAGGUGUAAAACUAUCCAAAGACAAAUUAGAGGUCAAUGAACAUAAUCCAUCCACAUCCAAAGGACAAGAUUAUAAACGCAAAGACAAUGGAAAAAAUUACUGUUGGACUUUUCCAUUUUCUCCGGAAAAUGGGUCUCUAACAUCGCAUAAAAGUCUUCCCAUCGGGGAGAAUCCAGAGAAAGGCACGGAGAAUGGAAUAAGCUUCUGUGAAAGGAAGACUUUUACUGCUCAGGAAAGGAACCAGAAGGAAAAACCAUAUAGAUGCAUAGACUGUAGAAGAGGAUUCCAUAAAGUUGCAUCCCUUGUAAGACAUAAGUUAAUUCACACAGGUGAUGCACCAUAUAAAUGCACAGAGGGUGGAAAGAGCUUCAACAAAAGGAGUAAUCUUAAAUCCCAUGAAAUGAUCCAUACAAGAGAAAAGCCAUGUAAAUGUACGGAGUGUGGAAAGACUUUUAGUCACAGUAGUGCCCUUAUUUGCCAUCAAAAGAUCCACACCGUGGAGAAACCAUAUAAAUGCACACAGUGUGGCAAGGCUUUUAGUCAGAGCACUCACCUUACUUCCCAUAAAAGGAUCCACGCAGGAGAGAAACCAUAUAAAUGCAUGGAGUGUGGAAGGUCUUUUAGACAUAGCUAUCAACUUACAUCCCAUAAAAGGAUCCACACAGGGGAGAAGCCAUUUAAAUGUACACAGUGUGGCAAGACUUUUAGCCGGAAAAGUAUCCUUACUUCCCAUCAAAGGAUCCAUACAGGGGAGAAACCAUAUAAAUGCACACAGUGUGGAAAGGUUUUUAGUCAGAGCGGUGACCUUACUUCCCAUCAAAGGAUCCACA